AUGGUUGCCUGCACGGUUUCAUUUCUAUUGUGGAUAGUCGCAUUACAAUGGAUUUCAGCUCAAGACUAUUCUUCUCAGUGGGCGGCUCACAUCGAAGGUGGAUUAGAAAUAGCCAAAAGAGUAACAGAAAAACAUGGAUUCGUUUUGCUAGGGGAGAUUUUUCCAGACUAUUAUCAUCUAGAACACAAUCAUGUAUCGAAGCGAUCAGUUAACCCAGGGCUUGAACAUCAUAAAAAACUAACAUCAGAACAAAAUGUGAAGUGGGCAAAACAACAAACAAUUUUAAGUCGAUCAAAAAGAGACUACUUAACUUAUGUUAGAGAUAGCAGGAGUUCAAAAAGAUUUGCAAUUAAAGGGGGAUUAAAUGAUCCAAAAUGGCCAAAAAUGUGGUAUUUGAAUCGUGGGAAAGAUAUGGAUAUGAAUGUUCAAGGUGCUUGGGAAGAAGGGAUUACAGGAAAAGGAUCUGUUGUUACAAUAUUAGAUGAUGGCUUAGAAAAAGACCAUCCAGAUUUAAUAAAAAAUUAUGAUCCCUCAGCUAGUUAUGAUAUGAACAAUAGAGAUGAAGACCCAAUGCCUAGAUAUGAUCAAAUGGAUACAAACCGUCAUGGUACUAGAUGUGCAGGAGAAGUGGCAGCAACUGCCAACAAUUCUCUGUGUUCAGUUGGUGUUGCCUUUGGUGCGAGUAUAGGUGGGGUUCGAAUGUUAGAUGGGGAUGUGACAGAUGCAGUUGAAGCUCGAUCUCUAAGUUUAAAUCCUCAGCAUAUUCAUAUCUAUAGUGCAUCAUGGGGUCCAGACGAUGAUGGUAAAACUGUAGAUGGACCAGGUGAAUUAGCCACUCGAGCUUUUCUUGAGGGUAUAUCAAAAGGCCGUGGUGGUAAAGGAUCAAUAUUUAUAUGGGCAUCUGGUAAUGGUGGCCGUGAACAUGAUAAUUGUAACUGUGAUGGAUAUACAAAUGCUAUUUGGACAUUAAGUAUCAGUAGUGCGACACAAAAUGGUCAUGUCCCUUGGUAUUCUGAAGCUUGUAGUUCAACUUUAGCAACAACGUAUAGUAGUGGAAGUAAUUAUGAAAGCCAGAUCAUUACAACAGAUCUUCAUCAUGAAUGUACUAGUAAUCAUACUGGUACAUCUGCAUCCGCCCCACUAGCCGCUGGGAUAGUAGCUUUAACAUUAGAAGCUAAUAAUAAACUAACUUGGAGAGAUAUGCAGCACAUUGUAGUGUUAACAGCUAGGCCAACUCAUUUAUUAGCUUCUGAUUGGAUUAUAAAUGGUGUUGGACGAAAAGUGAGUCAUUCUUUUGGCUAUGGUUUAAUGGAUGCUACUACGAUGGUAAGAUUAGCUCGAAAAUGGAAAACUGUUCCACCUCAACAUAUUUGCAAUGUUACUGCUCAAGUUUUUGAAAAACCAGUACCUGCACGUAGCACAGUCACUAUACAACUUUUAGUUAAAGAAUGCAAUAGUGUAAAUUUUUUAGAACAUGUUCAAGCUAAAAUAUCAUUAACAGCUAGUCGACGGGGUGAUAUCAAAAUUGAUUUAACUUCUCCAAGUGGUACAAAAUCGACACUACUUGCUCCAAGAACUCAUGAUAAUUCACAUGCUGGAUUUCAUGUGUGGCCAUUUAUGACUGUACAUAUGUGGGGAGAACGUCCUUUUGGUACUUGGCAAUUGACUAUUCAUAAUGAAGGAAAAUUAUUAGCUACCAUGACUGAUUGGGAAAUGGUUUUUUAUGGAACAAUAUUACCUCCAGAACAAACACAUAUACUUCCAACAAUAAGUAUAAGUCAAAACCUGACAUCAGAAGAUGAACCAGAACAAAAUUUCAAAUCUGGGCAAUGUCGAGUGACCACUGAUAAAUGUUUAGAAUGUGCGUUUGGAUACAACAUAUACAAUGGAGAAUGUAUUGUCAAUUGUCCAGUCAAAACAUUUGAAGACAAUGGCGGUGUAUGUUCUGAUUGUCACUAUACAUGUUAUACAUGUAACGGACCAAAUGAUUAUCAGUGCACAAAAUGUUGGGGAGAUGCAGAUCUGACCCAUGCGUUGGGACAAACCUACUGUUAUUCAAAGAAUAUUAAGCAUUUACUAGAUGAUAAGACAUGGCAUAUAAUAGCAACAGUACUACUAAUCAUCAAUAUAUUUGUACUACUUAUAUUCUGUAAAGGAGGGUUUUGGACAAACUAUAAGCCAGGAUUAGAGCCAGGAUAUGGAGAUUACAGACUAGCGAAUCAAAUUGAAGGUGAUGACUGUUGA